AUGCGUUUCGCUACCGCCGCCGUUGCCGCCCUUGUGGCCUUCGUCAGCUCUGCUGUCGCCCAGAACCCCGACUUCAACCCCGUCAACAAGCCCACCCCGAACGAGAAGAUCCCCGCUGGCUCGACUUACAAGAUUGAGUGGACCGCCCCUGCUAAGUUCGCUGGUGUCACCAUCAAGAUCGCUCUCAUCGGUGGCGAGACCCAGAACACCCAGGUCCCUCUCCUCGACAUUGCCUCCGGCAUUCCCAACUCGGCUCUCUCGUAUGAGUGGAAGGUCCCCGCCGACAUCGGCGGCAAGAAGUUCUACGGCCUUGUCCUGACUUCGGAGGCCAACGCCGCCGACUGGCAGUACUCCAACCCCUUCGUCAUCACCGCCAGCGAGGGCUCGGGCUCCAAGGCCCCUACCUACGGCUCUGGCAGCAGCACCGUUGUUGUCACCACCUCUGUCGGCACCGCCAUCGUCACCCUGUCCGCCGUUCCCACGACCUCCGUGUCCACCGUCGAGACCACCACCUCGUGCCCCGAGACCACCACUACCGUCGCCGUCAAGCCCACCACCUCGGUCGUUGUCCCCAAGAACAGCACCAGCGCCGCCGUUCCCGUGCCCACCACCCACACCACUCUCGUCGUCGCCUCGACCACCGCCCCCGUCAUUGCGCAGCCCACCGAGUCUGCCCCCGUCACGGUUCCUCAGAACGGUGCCGGCCAGGCCAAGGCCGGCGUCUUCGCCGUUCUCGGUGGUGUCGCCCUCGCCGCCCUCCUGUAA